AUGGCGGUGGAUUCGUACGUUUUGGAAACGGCGGAGGCUUCCACUAUCUACGAUUUAGUGUUUAAGGUUCUGAUGUUUGUUGCUCGUUUGUGGGUGGGGAUUAUUGUGGGGGUGUUGGUGGGAUGGAUUUGGAAACCUAAAUGGGCAAAUUCCGGAAGAGAUUUGUUCAAUUCUUCAAAGUUGAAGGAUAAUUUGCCGUCGUCGUCUUGCUUUGUGGGAUCAAUUUCUAGAUUGAAUUCCUUGAAAACUCAGCUACCCAGAUGCUUGAAUUUGACGUCAAAUUGUGGAGAUGAAAAAGAAGCUCUAGCUGACUCACCUACCCCUUCCAUUUCCAGUUCAUCAAAACUAGAAGGCGAGAAACUAGCCCGGUUAACUGAGGAGGAUUUAAAGAAUUUAUAUAGGCUUGUUGAGGAGAAAGAUGGAGGCCCUUCAUGGAUUCAAAUGAUGGAUCGUUCUACUGCUACCAUGAGCUAUCAAGCAUGGCGGAGAGACCCCCAGACGGGGCCUCCGCAAUAUCGAAGUCGAACAGUUUUUGAGGAUGCAACCCCUCAGAUGGUAAGGGACUUCUUUUGGGAUGAUGAAUUCAGAAAGAAAUGGGAUGACAUGCUUAUUAGUGCUCAAACUUUGGAAGAUUGUUCUGCCACAGGAACCAUGGCUGUCCGCUGGGUGCGCAAGUUCCCAUUCUUCUGUAGUGAUCGAGAAUAUGUGAUUGGAAGAAGAAUCUGGGAAUCGGGACAGUCGUAUUAUUGUGUGACGAAGGGCAUACCAUGUUCCUCAAUACCUAGACAGAAUAAGCCAAAACGUGUUGACCUUUACUAUUCAAGUUGGUGCAUCCGUGCAGUUGAAUCGAGAAAAGGGAACAGCCAGCUGACUGCGUGUGAGGUGUUAUUAUUUCACCACGAAGACAUGGGUAUUCCAUGGGAAAUUGCAAAGCUCGGAGUCAGACAAGGGAUGUGGGGAGCUGUCAAGAAGAUCGACCCUGCUUUACGUUCAUAUCAAAAGCACAGGGCAACCGAAGCCCCACUUUCAAACUGUGCUCUAAUGGCUAAUAUCAACACAAAAGUCAGUAUUGACUAUUUGAGAUGCUCAGAAGAUGCGUCUGAUGAUUCCUCAGACAACAAAGCCUUAGAAGAGCCCUUGGAAAAACCAGCAGGGAAGAACUUGCCUAAGCUGCUUAUCGUUGGUGGAGCAAUUGCCCUUGCUUGCAGCCUCGAUCACGGCCUCUUAACAAAAGCAGUUGUAUUCGGUGUUGCCAGGAGAUUUUCAAACAUCGGAAAGAGAUGAUCAUCACCACAACAAAUCUCGUAAUCAGCUUCAGCUUAGCAUUGGUUUCUUGACACAUAUAUAACCCCUUCGAAGAAAAAGCUUUGAAGGUGGUAAAAUUCUUAAUUUUUCCCUCUUGAGUUUGUAAAAAGAAAAAGAAGCUUUAGAAUUGGGGAAGAAGAGAAAAGAGUUGAAAAGAUUUAAAAAAAGAAAAAAAUUAGGCCUCAUGAACAUUGUUGUAUGGUUGUAUUUUUCUUUUUCUCAUCUCAUCUUCCUGUUAUUUUGAGAUGUGAUCAGUGUUUGUAGAAUAAAUAGGGGAAAGUAAGAAGCAAUGUUGGGUCGGUAUUUUAUUAAAUUUUUGUGGCCAUCUUCUUUUACAAAUCGUUACUUCCCCCCAGGACCCACCUGAAUAUAGUAACUUUGUUCUUGUUAAAUAUAAAGAAUUAAUAUCUGAUGUUCAUAAUAUAUACAACAGUCUUCUAAUCUUGUGUA